UCAUUUACAUGAUAUUUUUAUGGUUAAAAUUCAAAUCACACCGAAAGUAUAUUUGAUAGAAUCUCUCGGUUGAUUGGGACAGGUAAAAUAGCCAGCCUUCUACCUGAGACAUUUAAAUUCGAUUCAAAGCGUCCUUGGCAACCGUUGAUCCAUGCCCUAACGAGUCGUUGACAUACUCGUGUUGAUAUAAUUUCACACAAACAUGGUGUUUUGAAAGCUUUAUUUUUUAUUUUGUUUUAUCAAGUUUUCUUGAUGACUGAAAGGGAGUGCGAGUUGUGAGUUAAGGAACCCCCUAAAAUAAGGGGCGCUCAUUCAAAAUGGCAACAACAAAUGGAGGACAUCUUCCGGUGACGGCGAUCUUGUCAGGACACUUACGAGGAUAUGAGAUCCCCAACAUCCCACCAAAAGUAGUCCGAGUUUUCCUGGCCUCCACAGGACAAGACACAGUGACAGAAAGGAAUACACUAGUUAGAGAAGUCUAUCCUCAGUUACGACAGUAUUGUAGACAGAAAUACGGAUUGGAAUUCCAGAUUGUGGAUCUGGACUGGGGUCUACCGACAGAUAGUUUGCAUGCAGACCAAAGCCUUACAGACUUCAAACUUCGUGAAAUAAGACGAUGUCAAAGAUAUACUGCUGGACCUACGUUUGUCGCUAUAAUUGGUCAGAGAUAUGGCAACAAAGUUUUGCAGACGUCAAUCCCGGCUGAGGAAUAUGACCUUAUUAGAAUGGUACUCCAUAAACACAAAGGUAGAGAGACAAGGGCAGCCCCAAUACUGGAUAAGUGGUACAUCAAGGACAAUAACUCUAUUGCUCCUGUCUUUGUGCUACAAGAUGUCGCUUCAGUCAUUCCGGACAUAAUAUCAAACGACAAGGAGAAGCAAAAUAAAGCUGACCAAGAAUGGAAAGAAGCUGAAACUGAGAUGAAAAGAUUGUUGAAUAAAGGAGCAGAAUUUUGUUACCUCGAAGGUCUAAUUGACUCAGAUACAAAACAAAAGUACACUAUGUCAGAAUUUGAAAAUCAAACACAGAUCGGAAUUGAAGAAAGCAGCUGUCCAUCUUCUCUUGGUGUUGUACUUCUACGAAGAAUUGUAGAUUUGACAAACUAUAUAGAUGACCCUAAAGCUCCUAUAUUUACCGAGAUAUUAUACAACGACAAGACCGAAGAGUAUGAAACAGAUACAGUAUCGAGUCACCUACUCAGUAAAAUGGCAAACAGACUCAGAAAUUUAGUUUCAGAAAACAACACAACAUCAUUCGACGUUUUGUGGAGAUAUGAUGAUGUCAUCAGCCCAGAACUACACAAAGAUUAUCUGAAAUCAUUCUGCGAUAAUUUUAAAAACAAAUUAAUAACACUUAUUGACAACGAGGCUUCAAAAGUACCAGUUGACGUAGAGCCAGAAAUAUGUGAAGAGGCGUUGAGUCAUUUAAUGCGAUGCCGUGAUUUGGCCGAUGAUUUCUGUGUCAGAGCUGAAGAAUUAGUUGCCUUACAAAGCUACCUCCAAAAUAAUUACAACCAUCCCAUUGUCAUCCAUGGUGCCUCAGGAUCUGGGAAGAGUACACUGAUUUCAAAGUUGUGUGUUGAGAUACCAGAAGUGUUCAACAAGAAUGCAAUAACUAUUGUACGAUAUGUUGGGUAUACGUCUAGAAGUUCCGAUAUCAAACAGUUGCUAAGCAGUCUAUGUACCCAGAUCUUAGUUGCGUUGGGGAAAGAGAAUAACGAAAUUCCAAAAGAUUUCAAAGACCAACAAAAUCUGUUCCACAAUUUACUAAAGCACAUUCCAGACGACAAACUGUUGAUAAUAUUAUUGGAUGGAAUAGAGCAGAUUUCAAAGGACUACAAUGCUCACUUGUUGUCAUGGCUACCUGGUCAAUUGCCAACAAAUGUUAAAAUCAUUUUAACAACUGAUCCUGUUUCUAACAAAAUUCUGGAAAAACUGAAGAAAGACGUCGUUACAAAUGAAUCGUCAUUCAUUGAACUCCGAGAUUUAGAUGUUGAAUCAUGCGUACUUACACUGGACUUUUUUCUGUUUCGAUAUGGACGGAAACUUACCGAUCAACAGAAAAUGGCAUUUCAAAGUGCAUUUUCAAAACAUCCAUGUCUUCUUUACAUUAGUCUUUGUGCUGAGAAAGCUCGUUACUUGAAAUCCACUGAAACGAUGGAAAACGUUAUUUUUCCAGAAAAUACUGUUGAUGCAAUAAAUAGAUUAUUCGAUGAAUUAGAAACGGAGCAUGGAACCACGUUGGUUUCCCGCGCAAUGUGCUAUCUUGUGGCAUCAAUGACGGGAUUAGGAGAUCUGGAAAUGGAAGAUGUUCUCUCAAUGGACGACGAUGUUCUAAAUUCUAUUUACGUCACGCACCAUCCACCAACAAGACGUAUACCGUAUAUAAAGUGGCUGCGUUUAAAGGAAGUAAUCAAUAGGUUCCUUCUAGAGAGAGUUACCAAUGGUGUAACAUUUUAUUAUUGGCGGCAUGACCAGUUUGCGGACGUCAUUCGAGAACGAUAUAUGAAAGAUGAAAGCAUAGGGAAGACUGUCCACUCUUUGCUAGCCGAUUAUUUCCUUGGCACAUGGGCAAAUAAACCAAAACCCAUUUCACCAAUAUCAAAUGAAUGUAGCGCUGUAAUAAAAGCGUCUGGAACCAGCGGCGAACGCUUUGUACCGGAACAACCUUUGACCUUUCAACUUGAUAACAGUCCAGUAAGAUUUAAUCGCAGGAUGUACGACCAGGUACCUAGAAAUUUGUAUAAAGCAGAAAGAUUUGAUGAACUUAAUAAACUGAUUUUGUUUAAUUAUGAAUGGAUAUACAGCAAAACGAAAGCUUUGUCACUUCAGCAUAUUUUUGCAGACUUUGCUUUAAACCCCGGUGUGGAGGCUCAUUUAGUUGAAGAAGCUUUGCGUGUUGCAGAAGCUACAAUCGAAACCGAUAUCAACAAUAUGGCACCUGAGAUUUCCGGGCAUCUCCUACCAUACUACAAAACUCUUCCUAAUAUCAAAGCUUUAGUAUAUCAGUGUGAUACGGCCGGUUUGAAACACUGUGCAAUGGUGCCAAACUUUUCUUACUUGCAAGUUCCUGGAAGCUCUCUUCAGUUUACAUUUAGCACUGAAGUUCCGUCUGAUUACUUCCGGUUUAUGAAAGAUGAACGAUUUCUUCUGUCAAAGCACCGUGAUUCUCCAUACAUAAAUGUAUUUGACAUGAUCACAGGUGAAACCAAGAAGAAUAUUUUUACAUCAAAUGGCGCGCUUUACGUUACGCCUGACGGUGCAAAAUUUCUUAUUGUAGACCAUGUGACCGAAAAGGCCAUUAAAGUUCACAAAUCUGAGACGGGAGAAUUCAUUGGUCAGUUGAUCGUACUAAAUAACAUCGAUGUGAAACCAAAAGAGAAAUACAAGAUAGCCGACAUUUGUCUGACCAAUGACAGACUGUGUGUGUUAGUUACUACUGAUGUAAGUUACCUGUGUAUAGCGGACAUAGAAUCUUGCCAGUUCUUACAGAUCAUAUGUCUAGAUGGACGUUCGGACAUGUGUAGAAUCUCGAAUGAUGGUCAGUUCGUGUUCUGUAAUUCUAAUGAGUUUCUUCUAUCCUACGACAUGUACUCACUCGAACAUAUUUAUACCCUAGCAAUAGCUUAUCGACCAGUCUCAAUGGCCUUUACCAAAGAUGGAUGCAGAGCUUAUCUGUGCAAUGAAUCCGAAACGAAACUGACAAUCAUUCAUUUGCAUCGUGGGUCAGUUGAAAUGGUGUAUAAAACAGUACUAGAUGAAGACAUGCCGAACGACAGACUUCAAAAUCUGUGCAUUUCACCAAAUGAUGAGAUGGUGCUUGUACGAGGUCUAGAGAACAUUGUGGUAUAUGGACGAUCAAAUGAAAAGGUUAUUGCAAGGUUUCCUAGACCAAAGGAUGUCCCAAAAGAGUUUAAACUGCCAAAGAGGAAUAUUGUAGAACUGAGUUAUAAACAAGCAGAAUUUUCAAGAGAUGGUAAAUUUGUUAUUGGCACAAUAUUUCGUAACAUUUAUCUUUGGCAAAUAUCAACAGGCAAUCUUAUCACCACAAUACAAGCACCAGUUGGUAUUAUUGCAAGGCUAAUGGUUUGUCAAAAGAGUAGCCACGUCGUAACGCAGCUGGACCACUCAAACGAGAUACAAGUUUGGAAUAUAGGUGAUGCUGUGAAUCAGGUCGAUAUGCUUGACAAAUUAUCAGGACCAAUAGUUGACGUCCAAGUCACGUCCGACAACUCAAUUGCAUAUGUUGUAUGCAAAAAUAGCGACGAAAUAGGUGUAAUUGACAUGUGCAGUGGUGUCAUGUUGGAUUUACUUACACAUGAUAGCAACGUAAAGGAUUUUGCUAUCACCCCAAGUGGAAGUUAUGCCCUGGUAUCUACAUCAACAAAAAAGAAAGACAUUUCAAACAAACUAUGGGAUAUGUCAGAAAGACAAAUUAUAAAGGAAUUUGGAAAUGCCGUCGGGUUUUGUAUAUCACCGCAUCAAGAAUCUUACAUUUUAUUCGUGUCACAAGAAAACAUGAAAUAUCAAGCUCCCUAUUCUGUCACUAUGUUUAGAUUUAUUGGAGAUGCUUUCCAUGAAUAUGUUCAUCCGUUGGCUUUGAAAUUCGUACUUGACAAACCGUUUCUGACCUAUGAUGACAAAUAUUUAGUAGUUCUUACAGCACAGGAUCACAUACAGACAAAGGCAGCUUAUGACACUCCAACCAUCUGUACAUUUUCAAUGGAAGAAGAUAUGAAAGUUGCGUAUUUCACACCGGAAAGUUUCGAAGGUUCUGUCAAUAUUGGGUCAAUACUAAAGUUGAUGCCUUGUAAGAACAAUCCAUAUACGAUUGCAGUACUUUAUGAAUCAAGUGAUGAUAUCAACAAAAACUAUUACGCAAAUGAAUCCGGAAUGGGUCGCGGAUUUCUUAUUCUUGACAUCUGCAGUGGGUCUUUGAUUAGCAUAUGCUACCCAUUCAUGCCGAAUGAACCAAGAGUUGAUAGGGGCAUUCUUUUUGCCGACGACUUUUCAUUUUGCCUCGACGAUCUGUCAAAUAUAUUCGACAUAGGGCAACAAGACUAUAUUGGCCGAUUAACAGAUAUUGGCGUUAUGCCAUGCUUAACGGCAUUAAAUGGUGACGUCAUUGUUUAUUGUGACAACACAAAACUGCUUGUAGUGCGUGUGCGUGAUGGAAAUACUAUCGCCGCUUGCGACGUUCAUUCCCGAUUGUGCAAGUUAAAAUUGUGUCCAAAUGAGAGAACACUAAUUGCCGGAUGUGAAGACGGAACCAUAGCCUCAUACGUCAUUAUCGACCCGGAAGCAGAUGAUCCUGAAUCAAUCGUUCAACAUCUAGGCAGUAGGCAAGUUGAAAACAGUGGUGAAAUGGAUGGGCGUAUGUCCCGAUCGUGGGAUAAAGUGUCAAGUGAAGCAAACCUUUCUCGACCACCAUCUGCAAUGAGCAAUGGUCCCAAAGAAAGAAUACUCUUGAACAAAGUCGAACACAUGCCAGUAGUAAGACCGAGCUCUGAUACACUUUUGUACCUUAAUGCAAACUCAAAAACAUGUUCUGUUAUGUAAUUCAUUAUAGUCUAGUCUUAGUUUAUGUUCAGAAACUUCGGUUUUCUUUGGGUUUUUUAUGUAUACGGUAUGCAUGCCACAUAUUAAUUUAUACUACUUUACAUAGUGACUUGCAUUGCUCAACUUGCUUAAUAACUGUUUGGUCUGUUCCAAUUUUAUAAUUGAUUUAUAGGUUUUUUUAAAGCAGCCUUUUUAUAUAUCAUUGGCUUUUUAUCGAGAUAUAUCACUGCAGUCAUGUGCAUUUGCCUAACAGAAGAUGUUGAGACAAUGCACACAUAAUAUACAGUAUAUUUAAGAUCUGAUUUCAUGAAAAUUAAUUGCUAUGUUUUUUAUUCAAGAUGCACAGCCGAAUUUGCGCAUCUUAUUUGUCUUUUUGACGAUUUGCGCCAAUCUUCCUUAUCACUUUAAUAAAAUAGUAAUAGCAAUGAAAAUAUAGUCUGUAAUAUUCUAAAAACAUAUCUUAAUUAGCAGGUAAAGCAAGAUGGUCUGGCAAUUUAAAACUCUUUUUCUUAUAUAUAAGUAAGAUGAAAUACUUAUUUGUAAAAACAGGACAAUAUAGGUUGAAAUAAUAUAAACGUUUCGUAUAUUUCGGAAACGUCACUAUAUGGUCCAAUAUAUUUAUUGUUGUAUUUUAACUACCAAACAAGUGCUCUUAAUAUACAAUUGUUAGAAGCCAAAGUCUGUGAUAUUUGUAUACUUGUUAUUAAAACUACGUAACUG